AAAGCUGCAGAGGAUUCACUAUGUGGUUGAAGUGAUUGGAAGCAGCAACACUGUAGAAUGGUGACUGGAUUAGGAACACUAACUCGAUCGGUAGUGUUGUCAAACUGCAGUUUACGUAAACACUGAUUUCAGGAAGAACGCAGAUUACGAUUAAAAGAGGGACCAUCGUUAACUUUUAAAACUUCGUAUUUGUGUGCUUGCAUUCCUAGUGUGAUAGAAGGAAGGAGGAAAAAGUCCGCGGAUGAAUAAAGGGCUUUCAUUGGGAUUUCAUACGGCUACAAGUGGAAACACCAGUCGGAUAUAAGAAGAGCUGUGCGAGCCAACUAGUUAUUCUUGCAUCAGUAUACUUGUUUUCUGUCAUUAGCAGACUUUUUAACAGCGGUAAUGAGGAUCUUGAGACUGCUUCUAGCGAGCCUUUUGGUGGUUGCUGCGUGGGGUCAGUUGGUACAGUCAAAACCUGAAGUGAUAAAAACAAAUUCCCCAUCUCAAGAUAAAGAUUUAUACAUAGAUGGAGGAUCAGGAGUAUAUACUGAUGAUGAUGGUGGUGACGACGAUGAUUUAACAUCUGGCUCUGGGUCAGGUAACACAGAACCUGAAGACAAAGAAGUAGAAGUAACAGCAAAGAUGCCUCAUUUGCCUCCGUACGUACCCAAAGAGACCGAAGUUGAGAUCACUACUGCAUUAAACAGAGCACGCAAGAUGCCUGCUAUAACAGAGCCUGCUGGACCUGACAAAGGUGAGCCACGGAAUUUUGUCACAGAACCUCCAAACAAUGUUGACCAGGAAGUUUCUGCAGAAAAGCAUUCAGAUAGUCUUUUCCAAAGAACGGAAGUGUUGGCAGCUGUUAUUGCUGGUGGAGUUAUUGGCUUCCUAUUUGCUAUUUUCCUGAUUUUACUGCUCGUGUAUCGUAUGAGGAAGAAGGAUGAAGGGAGCUAUGAUCUUGGUGAACGAAAGCCAUCCAAUACUGCCUACCAAAAGGCACCUACUAAGGAGUUUUAUGCAUAAACCUGUAUUAGUGUCUCAGUUUGAGAUCACUGAACUUUUCUUUUAAAUAAGAAAGCUUUUGCCUAGAAUAACGAAGACCUUUUUUUUCCUUUUGUAAAAGCCAGUGGGGCUUUUUAUGUUAAAUCUCUUAUUUAAAAACUCAUCUAUAUAUUCUAAACUUAAUACCCUCAAGUGCUACACUGAAUAACAGUGGCUGUGUGUAACUGUUGCUGCUACUGCUGUUCACUGUGUCACUUUGAAACUGCAUUCAUAAUUACAAGAAGAAAAUGAUGGAAAAAUUUUUCGUUAUCCUGUUCUGCAAGAACUGUUAAUUUUUGUCAUAGCAUGUCAGACUGAUCUAAACAAUUAAGAUGUAUUACAUUAAUUUAUCUGUUGUCAGGACAUGUUGAAAUUUGCCUUUCUAUAACUGGCAUGGUGCAAUUCGUCUUCAUUUUUCAGGUAGCAAUAUCAUAGUGUAAAUGUAUUUCUUUUGUGUUGUAGAUCUUUGUUACUUUGACCUCUUUGUACAAAAGUGUUUUUGGUGUCUGAAUGUCCGCUUUUCACUUUCUUUAUGGUAGCUUCCAACAGAUUGAAAACAGCACGUUAUUCUGAAAAGACUGAUUUUUAACUGCAGACUGUAAAGCCCCCGCUUGGUAAAUCUUCUGUAGAGAAGGUUUGACAUAAGCUACUGACAAACUUAAGCAAACCCAAAGAUAACAGUAUUCUGAAAAGGUGCUGCGUAUGUGUGGCCACAAUGUUCUUUUCUGUAUAAAAAGAAACACACAGAGAAGGUUAGGGAGGGAUGGAAAGUGUAGAAUUUGCGUGUUUAAAAUUUACCUUUUGAGAAGUCUUUUUAAGACUCUGAAGUGCCUACCAUUCUUUAUUGAGCUUGUACAACCUACUUUAAUGACUUUAACAAUAAAAGAAAGAAUAUUGUCUGUAUUUUAUAAAAACGGGCAGUUGUAAUGGUGAUUUUUUUGUAAAUGUAAAGAUGUACACACAGUUACUUGUAAUUUGGGAAACAAAAACACUACUGAAUAAACAGUGUGGCCUAAA